UACGUCUUUGUAAGUUGUUGGCCAGAGGAGGGUAGUUAUGCGCGCUCAAGCACCAAUAUAAACAUUUGCAAUGCUCGGCCGGGCGGUUAGUGUUGAUUGAACUGUCAUAGGAACAUUAACAAUGAUAGUACUCAAGGAAACGCUGGUAGUUUGCCUAAUCCUGGCCAGCUGCUGUUGCUGGACGAGCAGCGCCUAUCCGCAAAACAAAGGGGAGAGCUCAACGACGACAACAACAACAACGGAUACUCCAAGCAGUGCAGCUAGUGCGACAACGGCAAUAGCAACAACAACAACAACAACAACCACAGCAAAGCCCAAGUCAGAAGAAAAUUCGAGCAGCACAACGACAACGACAACGACGACGACGCCACAACCCAAGUCGGAGGAGUCAACAACAAGCCCCUCACCGACGACAACAACAACAACAACCACACCUAAGCCCAAGUCGGAAGAGUCUACAACUGCCACCACAACAACGACGUCAGCAACAGCAACAACAACAACAACAACAACAACAACCACAACAAGCACCACAGCCAAGCCAGAAGCUGCGAGCCCAACACCCAAAGAUGAAGACGCGGAGGCGAAGGAGCUGCUCGCAAAGUGUGAGCAGCUGCGUAGGCGCCGCAAGCGGGACAGCUCGUCCUCCUCCUCGGAGGAGGAUGACGACAGCAGCGAGCAGAAGUCCGCAAAGAAGGAGCGCAAGAAGCUAAAGAAGAUGUGCAAGGAGCUCAAGAGGCAGCAGGAGCGCAAAGAGAAGCGCCAAGGCGACGACAGCAUCAGGCAGCUCUCCGAGGCUCUGCGCAGCUACCAAAUGAAACAGAAGGAGCAGAGGAAGCACUAAACCAAUAUACCUUACUGCAUGUACUAAUAUGAACACCAAUUUUUAAUAUUUUAAUUUGCUUUUGUUUCAU